AUGCAUAUGAGGAUCCCUCCGAUCUCACCCGCAGAAAUAACCAAGAAAGAUACGGAAAAGAAUCCCUAUCAUCAUACUCUCAAAGAAAAACUGCCAGAUAGCGUGAGGAAAUGGCGCCAUAACGAAAAUCUGGACAGAUCUAGAUAUGCAGGAUCGACGUAUUCCCAAACGCAAAAUAAAAUCAGACACGUCUGA